GAAAUUACAACCAGGACCCAAAACGAAGGCGAGUUCUUUGGUUCUUUCUUCCUUGCCUUCGAGACGCGGCGACCUCGUCCUGGCCCUCGGCCUCCACCAAACCCAAAUCCCUCGAGUUCUAGGGUUGCGAUUCGCCCAUGGCGUUUCUCUCUGGAAUCUAGCGAUCUUUCCCGUCUUGCGACCGGCGAGAUGGAUCCAUCAGGCGACGCGGACCUCUCGCUGCUGGAGGAUUUCGGGCAGCGGGUUGACCUCACGCGGCGGAUCCGGGAGGUCCUGGUGAACUACCCCGAGGGAACCACCGUCCUCAAGGAGCUGAUCCAGAACGCCGACGACGCCGGCGCCACCCGUAUCUGCCUCUGCCUCGACCGCCGCACCCAUGGCGCUGGCUCCCUCCUCUCCGGUAAGCUCGCCCAGUGUCAGGGUCCGGCGCUUCUUGCCUACAAUGACGCCAUGUUCACCGAGGACGACUUCGCCAGCAUCUCCCGGAUCGGGGACAGCAAGAAGCAGAGCCAGGCAUGGAAGACUGGCCGUUUUGGGGUGGGCUUUAACUCAGUGUACCAUCUAACCGACUUGCCAUCUUUUGUGAGCGACAAAUAUGUUGUCCUAUUUGAUCCCCAAGGUGCAUACCUGCCAAAUGUUUCAGCUGCAAAUCCUGGGAAGCGACUUGAAUAUGUUAAUUCUUCAGCAAUAUUGCUAUAUAAAGAUCAGUUUAUGCCAUAUUGUGCUUUUGGAUGUGACAUGAAAGGGCCUUUCCCUGGGACUUUAUUUCGUUUCCCUUUGAGGAAUGCAGAUCAGGCAGCUAUUAGCAGGCUGUCAAGGCAAGCAUACUCAGAAGAUGACAUCUCUUCCAUGUUUUCGCAACUAUAUAAAGAAGCAGUUUUCACUAUGCUUUUUCUUAAAAGCAUUAUCUCGGUUGAGAUGUAUGUGUGGGAAACUGGUGCAAGGGAGCCACAAAAAAUAUAUUCUUGCUCUGUCAGGUUGCCGAAUGAAAAUACAGCAUGGCAUCGCCAGGCACUUGCGAGGUUUUCUAGUACAGCUAAAUCUUCUAAUUGGCAGACUGACUCCUUCUCAUUGGAUUUUUUGAGUGAGACUUUCUCUGGGGCAAAUUCAGGAAAGCGGAUUGAUUCAUUUUUCAUAGUACAGGCGAUGGCAUCAGCAUCGAGCAAAAUUGGCUCAUUUGCAGCCACCGCUGCCAAUGACUAUGAGCUUCAUUUGCUGCCUUGGGCAUCUGUUGCAGCGUGUAUAUCCGAUGGCUUGCCUGAGGAUAAUGUUCUUAAACAAGGCCAGGCAUUCUGUUUUCUUCCACUGCCAGUAAGAACGGGAUUGCCUGUGCAAGUGAAUGGUUACUUUGAAGUCUCCUCCAACAGACGUAGCAUAUGGUAUGGAGCUGAUAUGGACAGGGGUGGGAAACUUCGGUCUGACUGGAACAGGCUUUUGUUGGAAGAUGUGGUGGCUCCAGCUUUUAAUGAGUUAUUGCUUGGUUUACGAAAGCUCUUGGGACCCACCAAAAGGUACUAUUCUUUAUGGCCAAGUGGAGCAUUUGAAGAGCCUUGGCAUAUUUUAGUUGAACGGAUCUACAAAGUUAUCUAUUCAUCUCCAGUCUUGUAUUCAGAUUUUGAAGGUCAAAGGUGGAUACCACCAGCCGAAGCAUUUGUUCAUGAUGAGGAGUUCUCUAAAAGCAAUGAUCUUGGCAAGGCUCUUGUUUUGUUAGGAAUGCCUAUUGUUCAUCUUCCUAGUAUACUAGUGGAUACGUUGUUCAAAUAUUACGCAAAUUUUCACCUGAGAGUUGUGAGUCCUAUAACAGUGCGACAUUUUCUCAAGGAAUGCAAAACCUUGGUUAUGUUAAGUAGAUCUUUCAAGUUGGUUUUAUUAGAGUAUUCUGUCAGCGAUCUAGUGGAUGCUGAUGUUGGUAACCAUGCAAAUGGUCUUCCUUUGCUUCCAUUAGCAAAUGGUCAGUUUGGAGUCAUUACAGAGGCCUCACAGGGAAUUUCUUGUUAUGUCUGCAAUGAACUAGAAUACAAGCUGCUGAGCGUAGUUCCUGACAAAAUAAUUGACCAAAAUAUUCCUGCUGACUUGUAUUGUAGGCUUUCUGAGAUUGCCAAGGUCUCAGGUGCAAAUAUCUCAUACAUCAAUGGUCAGACUUUCCUUCAGUUCUUCCCUAGUUUUUUUCCCACUGAGUGGAAAUAUGAAAACAGAGUCCUAUGGAAUCCAGAUUCAGGUGCUACAUUUCCCACAGCAGCUUGGUUUGUGCUUUUCUGGCAGUAUCUUCAAGAUCAGUCCUAUGAUUUGUCAAUAUUCAGAGAGUGGCCAAUAUUGCCAUCUACAACAGGGCACCUUCACAAAUCUUCGAAAUUCUCAAAGUUGAUUAAUGCAGAAUUCUUAUCUUGCAUGAUGAGAGAGCUUCUGACCAAGGUCGGUUGUAAGAUACUAGAUGUAAAGUAUGGAAUUGAACAUCAGCAGUUAUCUCUUUAUGUUUAUGAUGGUAAUGCUGCCGGUGUUCUGAGCUCAAUUUUUGAGGCUGUUUCGUCAAAUGAUAAUCAAUUGCAGUUGCUUUUUCAAGAUUUUGCUGUUGAUGAGAAAAAUGAGCUCCGCCACUUUCUUCUGGAUCCAAAGUGGUAUCAUGGAGGCUCUCUAUCUGAUCUAGACAUAAAAAACUGCAAAAAGUUGCCCAUUUUCCGAGUGCAUGCUGGAGGGCAUACCCAUACCUCACAAUUUUCUGACUUGGAAUGUUUUAAAAAGUACUUACCACCUGUUGGUAUACUUGAGAACUUAUUGGGUGGUGAAUUUAUUCUCUGCACAUCUCAGAAUGAAGAAGAUAUUUUAUUGAGAUAUUAUGGAAUUGAACGUAUGAGAAAGACAACUUUCUACAGGCAGAAUGUGAUAGACAGAGUAGUUGAGCUGGAACCAGAAGUUCGUGAUGCAGUCAUGCUAUCCAUUCUGCAAGAUCUACCACAACUGUGCUUGGAAGAUUCCUCUUUUAAAGAACUUUUGAAAAGGUUGACAUUUGUUCCAACCAUCCAUGGGAGCUUAAAGAGUCCUCAAUCUCUUUAUGAUCCUCGGGUGGAUGAACUUCUUGCUCUUUUGGAAGAAUCAGAUUGUUUUCCAUCUGGCUUAUUCCAAGAACCAGGUGUUCUGGACAUGUUGCUGCUUCUAGGCCUUAGAACAUCAGUGUCGACUGACACUAUUAUACAAAGCGCUCGCCAAGUUGAAUCAUUGAUGCAUAAGGAUCAGUUGAAAGCCUAUUCACGGGGUAAGGUGCUUUUAUCAUACCUUGAAGUCAAUCCUGUAAAAUGGUUGCACAAUAUGCCAAAUGACAGUCAAAGUAGGGUCAAUGGGAUGUUCUCAAAAGUUGCUACAGCACUCAGGCCUCGUGAUAUGCCUAUUGAAGCUGAUCUUGAAAAAUUCUGGAGUGACCUACGAAUGAUAUGCUGGUGCCCCGUUCUGGUUACUGCACCCCAUCCAGCUUUGCCAUGGCCUUCAGUUUCAUCUAUGGUUGCUCCCCCGAAGCUAGUCAGGUUACAGGUGGAUAUGUGGCUUGUAUCUGCUAGCACUCGCAUACUUGAUGGUGAAUGCUCUUCAUCAGCCUUGUCAUUUAGCUUGGGUUGGUCUUCUCCUCCUAGUGGUAGUGUAAUUGCUGCUCAACUACUUGAACUUGGCAAAAACAAUGAGAUUGUGACGGAUCAGGCACUUCGACAAGAAUUAGCCCUAGCGAUGCCAAAGGUAUACUCUCUGCUAACUAAUUUGAUUGGUUCAGAUGAGAUGGAUAUUGUUAAAGCUGUUCUAGAGGGGUGUCGGUGGAUUUGGGUGGGAGAUGGAUUUGCAACUGUUAAUGAAGUAGUUCUGAAUGGUCAUCUUCAUCUGGUUCCUUAUAUACGUGUUAUUCCUGUUGAUCUGGCAGUCUUUAGGGAAUUGUUUUUGGAGCUUGGCAUAAAAGAAUUUUUAAAUCCGACAGAUUAUACUAAUAUUCUUUAUCGAAUGGCUAUGAGAAAAGGUAGCACUCCGCUUGAUGUGGAAGAGCUCAGAAUGACUGCAUUGGUUGUGCAGCAUCUGGCUGAAACUCAGUUUCAGGAUUUACAGGUCCAGAUUUACUUACCAGAUGUGUCGUCUAGACUGCUUCCAUCAAGCGAUCUAGUUUUUAAUGAUGCUCCAUGGUUGUUGGAUGUUGGAGAGAGUGCAUUUGGUGAUACAUCUAACGUUGCUCUGAAUUCAAUGAGAAAUGUUCAUAAUUUUGUUCAUGGCAACAUUUCAAAUGAUGUAGCAGAAAAACUCGGUGUCCGCUCUCUUCGUGGCCUGUUGCUUGCUGAGAGUUCCGAUUCAGUGAACUUGAGUUUGUCUGGGGUUGCUGAAGCCUUUGGACAGCACGAGGCCUUGACAACCAGGCUCAAACACAUUGUUGAAAUGUAUGCAGAUGGACCAGGAAUUCUCUUUGAGCUUGUGCAAAAUGCAGAAGAUGCACAAGCUUCUGAGGUGGUUUUCCUCUUGGAUAAAACUCAGUAUGGGACUUCAUCCAUUCUUUCUCCUGAAAUGGCUGAAUGGCAGGGGCCUGCUCUUUACUGUUUUAACGACUCAGUUUUUAGCCCGCAAGAUCUUUAUGCAAUCUCACGUAUUGGUCAAGACAGCAAACUUGAAAAGCCUUUUGCAAUUGGGAGGUUUGGGCUUGGUUUCAAUUGUGUUUAUCACUUCACAGAUAUCCCUGGUUUUGUUUCUGGGGAAAACAUUGUGAUUUUUGAUCCUCAUGCAUGUUAUCUCCCUGGGAUAUCUCCAACUCACCCAGGACUGAGGAUAAGAUUUGUUGGAAGACGGAUCUUGGAGCAAUUUCCUGAUCAAUUCACUCCAUUCUUACACUUUGGAUGUGAUUUACAGCAAUCAUUUCCAGGUACUCUAUUUCGUUUUCCUCUCAGGGGUGAAACUGCUGCUUCCAGAAGCCAAAUAAAGAAAGAAAAGUAUGCACCUGAAGAUGUAGAAUUGCUUUUCUCUUCGUUUUCUGAAGUUGUUUCUGAGACAUUGCUUUUCCUUCGUAAUGUCAAAAAGAUCACCUUAUUUGUCAAAGAUGGAACUGGUCAUGAGAUGCAACUUAUCCACCAUGUUUCUAGGCACAAUAUUAGCAGGCUUGUAAAGGAACCACAUCCACUUCAUUCUAUGCUGAACUUUAUGCAUGGAAACAGGCGAAGUGGAACGGAUAGGGAUCAAUUCUUGCACAAAUUAGAUAAGACUGUAGAUAGAGAUCUGCCAUGGGAUUGUCAGAAAGUUGCAGUUGUGGAGCAAAGUCCUUUUGGUUACAUGUCACAUUUUUGGAUAAUUAGUGAGUGUAUAGGUGGGGGGCAUGCUAAAAACAAAUCCAUAACAUUGCGUAAUAGAUCACGUAAUUUUAUCCCUUGGGCAUGUGUUGCUGCAUACUUGCACUCAGCCAAUCUAAAGGAUGUAAAGGAGUUAAGCAAUGCUCUAAUUUCUGAAGGAGAAUUUAAUGGUUUUGCAGCACUUGAAAAUCAGCCUCUUGCUGAAGCCAUGCAGGAUAGGAAAAAAAUUGAGGGCCGAGCCUUCUGCUUCCUGCCUCUACCAAUUAAUACCGGUCUUCCGGUGCAUGUUAAUGCAUAUUUCGAGUUAUCUUCAAAUCGAAGAGAUAUCUGGUUUGGAAAUGACAUGGCUGGGGGUGGAAGAGUACGAUCUGAGUGGAAUACCUGCCUCCUUGAAGAUGUCAUUGCUCCCGCUUAUGGUCACCUGCUUGCUGUCCUUGCAGAACAGAUUGGUUUAUGUGAUUUGUUUUAUUCAUUUUGGCCGACUACUAUAGGAGUCGAACCAUGGGCUUCAUUGGUGCAGAAACUUUAUAAAUCAAUUGCUGACCUUGGACUCCCUGUCUUGUACACAAAAGCUAGAGGGGGGCAGUGGAUCUCAACAAGACGAGCUAUUUUCCCUGAUUUCACAUUUCCAAAAGCAGUUGAGCUUGCAGAAGCAUUAUCUGAAGCUGGUCUGCCUAUGGUCUUGGUGUCCAAGCAAAUUGUGGAUAGGUUUAUGGAGGCAUGCCCAUCACUGCAUUUUUUGAAUCCUCAGUUACUGAGGACUUUGUUGAUUCGACGUAAGCGUGGGUUUAAAAACAAGGAGGCAGUGAUAUUGACAUUAGAGUACUGCUUAAAUGACCUGAAGGGAGUUGCCAUUUCUGAUAAAUUGCAGGGAUUGCCCUUGGUUCCUUUGGCAAAUGGAUCAUUCACGACAUUCAACAAGCGAGGGGAGGGUGAGAGAAUAUUCAUUGUGUCUCAAAAGGAAUUUGAUCUUCUUAAGAAUUCAGUUCCACAUCUUCUUAUAGAUUGCUGUAUCCCAGAUGGAAUUUUCUCAAAACUACAUGAUAUAGCUCAUUCUGGGCAGUCAAACUUGUAUGUAUUCACAUAUUAUUCCCUUGUCGAACUGUUCCCUAGGCUUCUGCCAACUGAAUGGCAGCAUGCUAAGCAGGUGUCUUGGACUCCAGGGCACCAAGGCCAGCCAAGUAUGGAGUGGAUCGGGUUGCUGUGGAGUUAUUUGAAAGAAUCCUGCAUGGAUCUUUCAAUGUUUACCAAGUGGCCUAUACUGCCAGUUGGGAAUGGCUGCCUUAUGAAACUUGUUGAAAAUUCAAAUGUAAUUAGAGAUGAUGGCUGGAGUGAAAACAUGUAUAUGCUAUUGCGGAAAAUAGGAUGUUUCCUUUUGUGGUCUGAUUUACCAGUAGAUCAUCCCCAAUUGAAGAACUUCGUUCAGGAUGCAACAGCAUGUGGUGUUUUGAAUGCUGUGCACGCAGUUGCAAGUCAGCCACAGAAUGUCAAGGGGUUGUUUGUGAAUGCCUCAGUAGGAGAGUUGCAUGAACUUCGGAGUUUUAUUUUCCAGUCUAAGUGGUUUUCUGGAAAUCAGAUGACUUCGUCGCAAAUAGACAUGAUAAAGCUUCUUCCCAUAUUUGAAUCUUACAAGAGUAGAGAGCUUACAAGCUUGGUUAAUCCUACAAAAUGGCUUAAAUCAGAGGGCAUACAUGAGGAUCUGUUGAAUGAAAAUUUUAUCUGGACUGAAUCUGAAAAAGAGAAAAGCAUUCUAAGUUGCUAUAUAGGUAUUAAGGAACCUACGAAAGCUGAAUUUUACAAGGAACAUGUGCUGGAACGUAUGCCAGAAUUUCUUUCACAACCGAGCAUUCUUUCUUCAAUCCUUCUUGAUGUGAAGUUUCUGAAUGAAGUGGAUACUGCUUUUAAAACUGCACUAUCUGAAACCCAUUUUGUUUUAGCGGCCAAUGGGUCCUGGCGUCAUCCUUCCAGGCUUUAUGAUCCUCGUGUACCUAGCUUGCAUAAUUUACUGCAUAAAGAGGUUUUCUUUCCUUCUGAGAAGUUUCAAGAUGCUGCCAUUCUUGAGUCACUAGCAAGUCUGGGACUUAGAAAAACCUUGAGUUUUACUGCUUUACUUGACAGCGCUAGGUCAGUUUCGAUGUUGCAUGAUUCAGGAAGCAUAAAUGCACUAAUUUAUGGUAAAAGGUUACUAGUUUAUUUGAAUGCACUAGGGUUUAAGCUUUCAAAUGCUAAUAUUGAAGAAGUAAACCAUGGAGUUGAUAACAUAAUGUCAUCCAUUGAUGGUGGUUCUCAUGAUGGAGAUCCACAAUCAAAGACUCAUGAAGAAUGUGACCAGGAGGUAUUCUCUUUUCUUUCCAACUUUGAUCAUGAUCAAUCAGAAGAUGAAUUUUGGUCACAGAUUAAAGUCAUUGCUUGGUGUCCUGUCUAUGUUACUGCACCACAUAAAGAACUUCCAUGGUCCAAAUCUGGUGAUUGUAUAGCACCUCCAAACGUUACAAGGCCUAAAUCUCAGAUGUGGAUUGUAUCAUCGAAAAUGCGAAUUCUUGAUGGUGAUUGCUGCUCAGACUACCUCCAACAGAAACUUGGUUGGAUGGAUCUGCCAAACAUAAGAGUUCUAUCCACUCAAUUAAUUGAGCUUUCAAAGCUCUAUAACAAGCUUAAGUUGCAAGUUGAACAGGAACCACCUAUUGAUUCUGUUCUGGGAAGGGAAAUCCCAUCAAUAUAUUCAAAGUUGCAAAAAUUUAUUGGUACAAAUGAUUUCAAAGUUGUAAAAGAAGAUCUUGAUGGUGUUCCAUGGGUAUAUAUAGGCGACAAUUUUGUGUCUACUAAGGCACUUGCAUUUGACUCGCCAGUGAAAUAUCAUCCUUAUCUGUAUGUCGUUCCAUCUGAACUCUCAGAAUUCAGAGCUCUGCUUUCAGAAUUGGGUGUGAAAUUAACCUUUGAUGCUAUGGAUUAUCUGCAUGUCCUGCAAUGCUUACAAUGUGACUUGAAAGGAGAGCCACUAUCAUCUGAGCAGUUAAAUUUUGUUCAUCGUGUCUUGGAAGCUUUUGCCGACUGUUAUGCCGACAAACAGGGACCUGAUGUAUCACUGAACUCGCUACUGAUUCCUGAUUCUUCAGGGGUUCUGAUGCAUGCUUCAAAUCUUGUCUACAAUGAUGCACCAUGGAUGACGAAUAAUAAUCCCACUACAAAACAUUUUGUACACUCAAGUAUUAGUGAUGAUCUAGCAAACAGGCUGGGAGUACAAUCUCUUCGUAGUUUGUCUUUAGUUGAUGAUGAGAUGAUGAAGGAUUUGCCAUGCAUGGAUUACGCGAGAAUAUGUGAGCUGCUAGCUUUUUACAGAGAUAGUGAUUUUUUACUGUUUGACCUUCUAGAGUUGGCUGAUUUAUGCAAUGCAAAGAAGCUCCGCCUGAUAUAUGAUAAACGGGAACAUCCUCGUCAAUCUUUGCUCCAACAAAAUCUAGGUCACUUUCAAGGGUCUGCUUUGACAGUUGUGUUGGAAGGAACUACUUUGAGCAGGGAAGAAAUAUGUGGUCUGCAGCUUCCUCCUCCAUGGAAGAUUCGGGGCAAUGCUAUUAAUUAUGGGUUAGGACUGGUUAGCAGCUACUUUGUGUGUGAUCUCCUGACCAUUGUUUCUGGUGGUUAUUUCUACAUUUUCGAUCCUCUUGGUUUGGCUCUUGCUGCACCUUCAAAUACUGGUUCCUCUGCAAAGUUAUUUUCUCUGACAGGCACUGACUUGACUGAGAGAUUUCGUGAUCAAUUUAGUCCAAUGCUUGUUACUCAGGAUAUUUCAUCAUCCUCAUCUAAUUCGACAGUUAUACGCAUGCCUUUGUCAUCAAAAUGCACGGCGGAACUUGAAACUGCUUGUAAGAGAGUAAACCAGAUCUUCGACCGAUUUAUGCAGAAUGCAUCUUCAACACUGCUAUUCUUAAGGUCAAUCUUGCAGGUGUCAUUAUUGACAUGGGAAGAGGGGAAUCUACAUCCAACUUUGAAUUAUGCUGUUUCUAUUGACCAAUCAUUUGCUAUAUUGAGGAAUCCAUUUUCAGAAAAGAAAUGGAGGAAAUUUCAACUAUCAAGAUUGUUUACUAGUUCAAGUGCAGUGAUAAAAAUGCAUGUUAUAGAUGUUCACGUGAUUCAGGGUGGGAGCAGACUGAUUGACAAAUGGCUUGUUGUGCUUUGUUUAGGAUCUGGGCAGACUCGAAAUAUGGCCCUUGAUAGGCGGUACCUUGCUUAUAACUUGACACCUGUUGCUGGAGUUGCCGCUCACAUUUCACAGAAUGGACAGCCUAUAAGUGCACAUACAUCCAGCUGUAUAUUGUCUCCUCUUCCCCUCUCUGGAACUAUUAAUAUGCCAGUCACUGUUCUUGGAUAUUUCCUUGUAUGCCACAAUGGUGGACGGUAUCUUUUUAACAGUCCACUUGAAAUGACUUUUCCAGAGUUGCAACAUGAUGCGAGAAAUCAAUUAAUAGAUGCUUGGAACAAGGAAUUGAUGCUCUGCGUUCGUGAUUCGUAUGUUGAGAUGGUGUUAGAAUUUCAAAAGCUGAGGAAGGACCCCUUGAAUUCUACUAUUGAAUCAAAUUCUGCACGUGCUGUGAGUUCUGUUAUACAAGCUUAUGGUGAUAGACUUUACUCCUUUUGGCCAAGAUCUAAGCAGCAGUCAACAUCCUGUAAUGAGCUUGAUGCUGCUGUCCGUCAUUCUAGUUCAAUUAAAGCACCCGUAGCAGAUUGGGAAUUAUUAAUUGAACAAGUGAUAAGGCCUUUCUAUGUUCGUCUUGUUGAUCUUCCUGUCUGGCAGCUUUACCAUGGAAAUGUUGUCAAAGCUGAUGAAGGUAUGUUCCUGUCUCAGUCCGACAGUGGUGAAGGUGAUAAAUGGCCACCAUCUGGUGUUUAUAGUUUCAUCAAGGAACUUUAUCCUGUUUUCUCUGUACCAUGGGAAUUGGUCAGGGAAAUUCAAGCUGUGGGAAUCAAGGUUAGAGAAAUCAGACCUAAGAUGGUCCGGAAUCUUCUUAAAGCUUCUCCUUCUGUUCCACUUAGGUCUAUUGAAACAUACAUAGAGGUUCUAGAAUAUUGUGUCUCUGAUAUUCAGCUACAGAAGUUAUCAAAUUUUACCAGAAUUCCUGGAUCAGUGGCAAUUAAUGAUAUGCAGGUUGAAAAUGUCCAUAUGUCUACAAAUAUGGCACCUUCUUCGUCGAACACAAACAUGACAAUAUCUCAUCAUGCUCUUAGACAGAGCUCAGGGACUUCCGGUGGUGAUGCUCUUGAUCUGAUGACAUAUUUUGGCAAGGCUUUAUAUGAUUUCGGACGUGGGGUUGUUGAGGACAUUGGCAGGGCAGGAGGCCCUCUAGCUCAUAGAGCGACUGCAGGUAGCAGUAUAUACAUGGAUGAGCCAUUUCUAUGUAUAGUUGCUGAUCUCUAUGGCAUGCCAUUUCCAUCUGCAACAAAGUGCCUUACAAGGCUGGGGACAACUGAACUUUGGAUUGGGAGCAAGGAGCAACAGUUACUUAUGCGUCCGCUAGCAGAUAACUUUAUCCAUCCACAAUGCUUAGAAAAACCUUCCUUGGCUGCCUUUCUCUCUAACCAGACUUUUCAUAGUCUUUUAAAAUUAAAAAAUUUCUCUCCCCACUUGUUGUCAAGUCAUCUGAGGCAUCUCUUUAGUGAGCGUUGGGUAAAUCGUGUAAUGGACACUAGUAAGACUCCUUGGGUUUCAUGGGACAAUAUGGCAGAAUUACCAGGUGAUGGACCUUCUCCUGAAUGGAUACGAUUGUUCUGGAAGAUUUUUAGAGCCUCAAAUGGGGAACUUUCACUUGUAGCUGACUGGCCCUUGAUUCCUGCUUUUCUUGAUAGUCCAGGCUUAUGUCGUGUAAAAGAGCAUCAUCUAGUAUUUGUGCCGCCAAUUACCGAUCCAACUCUUCUCAGUGGAGUUGCAGACUCGAAUAGGGAAACAGAUGAGUUGCUGAAUACUUUUGACAAUGAUAUUGCAGAAUCUGAUCUAAAAAAGUUGUAUCAUGCUGCAUUUCAGUUGACAAAAUCAAGAUAUCCAUGGUUAUUUACUCUGCUUAGUCAGUUUAAAAUACCCUUAUACGAUAUAUCCUUCCUGGAUUGUGACAUACCAUGUAACUUUUUUCCUGCAGCUGGGCAAACACUUGGACAAGUGAUUGCGUCCAAAUUACUUGCAGCUAAAAAUGCUGGCUAUUUUUCCAUGCCACCGAAUUUAUCAAAUGAAAAUUGUGAUAGAUUGUUUACUCUUUUUACCUUGGAUUUUAGAUCAGCCAAUGGGUGUGUAUACAAAAGGGAGGAGUUGGAAGUGCUGAGAGAACUUCCGAUAUAUAAAACAGUUGUGGGUACCUACACAAGGUUGUCUGGCCCUGAUCUGUGUAUUGUUUCUCCAACUUCAUUCUUUCAUCCUUGCGAUGAACGAUGUCUUUCUAACUCUAUUGAUUCAAUUCUAUUUUAUCACGCUCUUGGAGUCAGUGAAUUAAGUGAUCAAGAAGUAUUAGUGAGAUUUGCCUUACCUAGGUUUGAAAGAAAGACUUCAGGAGAACAGGAAGAAAUUUUAUUGUAUUUAUAUACAAAUUGGAAAAAUCUGCAAUUAGACUCCACUGUAUUGAGCACCUUGAAAGAGACUAACUUUGUACAUAAUGCUAAUGAACUUUGUACUGAGUUAUUCAAGCCAAGGGAGCUUCUUGAUCCGUAUGAUUCUUUAUUGAUGUCAGUAUUCUCUGGAGAACGAGACAAGUUUCCUGGUGAGAGGUUUACUACGGAUGGCUGGCUUCGCAUUUUGAAGAAAACAGGCCUUCGGACAUCCUCACAAGACGAUGUCAUAGUUGAAUGUGCAAAGAAAAUAGAAACACUUGGAAGCCUAGCGAUGGAACAUAUAGAAGAUCCUGAUGAUUUUGAGGAAGAAUUUUCAAGUACACAAAAUGAAAUUCCUUUUGAAAUAUGGUCCUUAGCUGAAUCUGUUGUGGAUUCAAUAUUUACAAACUUUGCAACUCUUUAUGACAAUGCUUUCUGUGAAAAGCUUGGUAAGAUUGCAUUUGUACCUGCGGAAAAAGGUUUUCCAAGUGUUGGUGGUAAGAAAGGUGGAAAGAGGGUCCUUUCUUCAUAUAGAGAAGCAAUUUUGUUGAAGGAUUGGCCGCUGGCUUGGAGUUCUGCUCCCAUUCUUGCCAAACAAAAUGUUGUUCCUCCAGAAUAUUCUUGGGCAGCAUUUCGCCUGAGGAGCCCUCCAGCCUUUUCUCCAGUCUUGAAGCAUUUGCAGGUUGUUGGAAGAGAUAAUGGCGAAGAUACCCUUGCACACUGGCCAACUUCAUCAGGCAUGAUUACAGUAGAAUAUGCUUUUCUAGAAAUUCUGAAGUACCUGGACAAGGUUUGGGGAACACUUUCUUCUUCAGAUAUGGCAGAACUGCAGAAAAUGGCAUUUGUGCCGGUUGCUAAUGGCACUCGUUUGGUUACAGUGAAGUCUCUCUUUGUUCAUCUGACAAUUAACCUCUCGCCUUUUGCAUUUGAACUCCCCAGUCUAUACCUCCCAUUUGUUAGGAUCCUCAAGGAAAUUGGCCUACAAGAGGUUCUCACUAUUUCCUAUGCAAGAGAUUUUCUUCUGAGUAUCCAAAAGGCAUGUGGGUAUCAACGUCUCAAUCCAAAUGAACUCCGGGCAGUGAUGGAAAUAUUGAAUUUCAUAUGUUCUGGGGCUACUGCAAUAUCUGAUGCACCGGACUGGAUAACUGAUGCAAUAGUCCCGGAUGAUGGCUGCAGGCUUGUUUUGGCAAGAUCAUGUGUAUAUGUUGAUCCCUAUGGGGCCCAGUUCCUUGGUAAUAUAGAUACUUCCAGAUUAAGAUUUGCUCAUCCUGAGCUUCCUGAUGCUAUAUGUAUGGCCUUGGGAAUCAAAAAACUUUCUGACAUUGUUGUUGAGGAAUUAGAUGAAGAACACCAAUUACAGGUUGUGCACCAGAUAGGGAAUGUACCGGUGAAUAAAAUAAUUGAUAAGCUUUUAAGCAAGUCACUACAGGAUGCUGUGUGUGUUCUAAUUAAUAGCAUAACCAAUCACUUGCCCUCAUUUGAAGGUCUGAGUUUGUUGCAGAUACAAAGUUCACUGGAACACAUGGCAGAGAGAUUGAAAUUUGUUCAAUCCCUUUACACUCGAUUUUGUCUACUUCCAAAGCUUCUGGAUAUUACACGGGUGGUGAAGGGUUAUCCUAUUCCAGAAUGGGGAGGUAGUACAAGGAAUCGAACUAUUUACUUUGUGGACAAAUCAAGGACUCGUAUUUUAGUUGCAGAUCCUCCAAGCUUUAUGACGAUAUACGAUGUUGUCGCCAAUGUUGUGAGCCAGGUGUUGGGGGCACCUGCAAUAUUGCCCAUUGGGCCACUGUUUGCCUGCCCAGAUGGUUCAGAGAAGACAGUUCUCAAAGUGCUCAAACUAGGGUCUGAAAUUGGGGUUAUCAAUCAUGAAGGCAGGACCAAAAUUUUGGUGGGGAAGGAAUUGUUGCCUCAGGAUGCUCUUCAGGUGCAGUUCCUUCCAUUACGCCCAUUUUACACAGGAGAAAUAGUUGCAUGGAAGACGGGAAGAGAUGGGGAGAAACUGAGGUAUGGCAGAGUUCCAGAAGAUGUAAGGCCAUCUGCUGGUCAAACACUCUACAGAUUUCCUGUGGAAACAGCAUCUGGAGAGACCCAAGUACUACUCUCUACUCAAGUUUUCUCGUUUAGAAGUGUUUCAGUGGCAGAUGCAUCUUCCUUGUCAUCCCUACCUGGGAGCAGUAAGGGCCUACCUGAAAAUAAGAUGUUGCACGGCCAGGCAUCCAAAGAUGCUGGGCGUGGGAAAGCUGCAAUUGAGGUCUCUAAAGAGCUCCAGUAUGGCAAAGUAUCUGCUACAGAAUUGGUGCAAGCGGUUCAUGACAUGCUUUCAGCUGCCGGGAUCAAUAUGGACGCUGAGAAGCAGACACUACUGCAAACAACUCUUGAUCUGCAAGAACAGCUUAAAGAAUCUCAAGUGGGCCUUUUGGUUGAGCAGGAAAAGGCUGAUGCAGCAAUCAAAGAAGCUGAUGCAGCUAAAACAGCAUGGUCAUGCCGUGUCUGUCUGAAUGCUGAGGUCAACAUAGCUGUCGUUCCUUGUGGCCACGUUUUGUGUCAUAGAUGUUCGGCGGCUGUUACACGGUGCCCAUUUUGCCGUACCCAGGUUUCCAGAACAAUGAAAAUUUUUAGGCCAUGAAACACAAGGGCAUUAAUGAAGCCAUGGUGAACAGUGUCAACAUUAGAAAGACCUCGGCUAAUGUGGUGAAGUUUGGUGCAAGAUCUAAAUAAUUUGCAACAUAAAAUUCCUUCUGCUGGUAAAUUGCCUCAGGUUUCAGGAUCGUACGAGUAGUUGCAUCCCAUGAAGAUAAAAUGCUGUCUGCAGAAGCUUGGAAAAACAGCACUAUUUUCACUCUGCUAAUUUUUUCUUGCUGCAGAUUUAUAUUAUCUGUCUAUAGAGCUCAUGUAAAAAUAAGUUACAAUCAGCUGCAGCAAAGAUACAGAUACCUGAACAGCUUACUGUGAGAAUUGGACUUAUAGGAAUAUCAUGAUUAUUGUAGAUAAGAAUGCAAAUUUAAUA